AUGGCCGGCGAUCUUCCGGACAUUCCUCCGAUUCCUCCGGCACUGGGCGUGUCCCGGGCAGGGAAACGGCAACGGAUCUUCAAUCCCUUGGUGCCAACCUACAUCGAUUAUCCAGCCAGCCAUAGGGAGAAGGUGGGUCAGUUGUUCAACCUCUUCGAACGUGACCUGGAUUCCAUGGAGGAAGACCUUGGUUGCGAGACCUGUGUUGGAGAAGGCAUCCCCUCGUGGGCUUCCUGGUCUGCCGAAGGAUGCGGAGACAAGGAAGUGGAAGUCAUCGAGUUCUACCAACGUCAGGUGCAGCUGCUCGAGAACCUGUUGGCACAGCGAUACAAGAAAGCAGGUGCUGUGCAGGGUGCUGUGCAGGGUGCUGUCCAGACUGCCGUGGCAGGGUGUUGUGCAGGGUGCUGUACAGAUUGCGGUGGCGAAGUCUGGCAAGGUGCUGUGCAGGGUGCUGUGCAGGGUUUCUAA